AUAUCAACUAUUAUUUACAACUCAGAGAGUCAUCUGUUAUUGAGACUACAAGGAACAUCUGAGUUCAGAAUUAAGACAAGCAAAAUGAGUGGCUUGAUGGAGCUUGUAAUUCUUGUCCCAUGUUGUUUCUUCCUCGUAGCUUUAAUAAAGUUCCUUUAUGAUUACCUGUGGGUACCUCUCCGUAUACAGCAUCUGAUGAAUUCACAGGGAAUCAAAGGACCUCCUUACAAAUUCAUCCAUGGAAACAAUGAAGAAGCUACCAAGAUGAGAGAAGAAGCAUUAAGCAAACCUAUGGCCUUGAGGCAUGAUAUAUUUCCUAGAGUGCAGCCACAUAUUUACACCUGGAUCAACAGAUAUGGGAGGAAUUAUAUUUAUUGGAAUGGUAUUCGAACUGUAUUAGUGAUUUCAGAACCUGAACUAGUCAAAGAGGUUCUGAAAAAUAAUGAAAAUACAUUUCCAAAAAAGAAGCCUUCGAUUUAUUUUAGCAACCUACUGGGGAACGGGCUUGUGUUGAUUGAGGGUGAAAAAUGGUUGAAGCGUCGGAAGCUUGCCAAUCAUGCUUUCCAUGGGGAAAGCUUAAAGAACAUGACACCAGCAGUAAUUGCAAGUGUUGAAACAAUGCUAGAGAAAUGGAAAGGCCAAGAAGGCAAAGAGAUUGAAGUGUUUCAAGAAUUUAGAUUAUUGACUUCAGAAGUGAUAUCCAGGACAGCUUUUGGUAGCAAUUACUUGGAAGGGGAGAAGAUCCUUUCCAUGUUGAAAGAGUUGUCUGUAAUUAUGAGUCGAAAUAAUUUCAAGACUAGAAUUCCUCUCAUCAACAAGUUAUGGAAACCUGCUGAUAUGCUAAGGUCAGAAGAACUUGCAAAAGGAAUACAAGAUUGUGUGAUGAAGAUUGUUAAGAAAAGGGAAGACAAAUUUAAGAAAGGAGAAGCUGAUAGUUUUGGUAAUGAUUUUCUAGGAUUACUUGUAAAUUCCUAUCAUUCGAAAGAUAAUAACAGUCUAUCAAUGGAAGACUUGGUAGAUGAGUGCAAAACAUUUUACUUUGCUGGACAAGGAACUAUUAAUUCCUUACUAGCAUGGAUAGUCUUGCUUUUAGCAACCCAUGGAGAUUGGCAGGAGAAAGCUAGAAGAGAGGUGAUUGACAUAUUCGGUAACCGAAAUCCAGAUUCUGAAGGCAUUUCUAAACUCAAAAUUAUGACUAUGAUUAUUUAUGAAACUCUAAGAUUAUAUGGUCCAUCAAAUGGCCUACCAAGAGGAGUUGCAAGAGAAGUGCAGUUGGGAAAACUAGUCUUGCCUUCUAACAUAGAUCUUCUGGUCCAAAAUAUUGCACUUCACCAUGACCCUUACCUGUGGGGAGAUGAUGUGCAUCUUUUUAAACCAGAGAGAUUUGCAAAAGGGAUUGCCAAAUCUACCAAUUACAAUGCAGCUGCAUUUUUUCCCUUUGGAUUAGGACCUCGAUCUUGUGUUGGUAUGUCCUUUGCAACCACAGAAACGAAGAUUGUGCUCUCCAUGAUUCUACAACGCUACACCUUUACCCUCUCCCCUGCCUAUGUCCACUCACCAAUGCCUAUUGUCGACCUUCAACCGCAACAUGGAAUUCAAGUAAUACUUGAACCACUGCAUAACAAUGAUUGAUGUACACAACAGCUAAGGACAUGGGAUUCAACUCUGUUUGUUACAACAUUCACCUUUAAGAGGUAACAUUUAAGAUAUCCGGGGUUUUUAGUAUUAACAACCCCUUCCCUAUUCCUAAGCUACGCCCUCCUCUAAACAAAAAGAAAUCUAUGCAUUUGCUAGUUUCCUUAGAUGGUAAAACAUGUGAUUAAACAAUACAUCCUUCAUAUGGCGCAUAUUCCAGCAAGUAAACAGUUAUAUUAUAAUGCAUUUUACUUCACCAUUCUGCUCA